UUAUUUUUGACCUCUAUUUACUUUUUUUUCUUAUUAACUCUUAAUGUCUCUUUGAUACAAAUUAUCCAUGUCGUAGAAGGUACAACCUUGUAAAGCUAGGAACCAACGUCGUUGUUCAAACUUCAAAAGGGGCGUCGUUGAUUUGACUAAUUCUUAUUUAUCAACAUACAAUAAGAUAUAUCAAAAUCUAAUCUACUUGUACAAAAUAUGCAUGCCCAUAAAUACCAUUAUAAUCUUCACUCUUUAAUUCAUCACCCAAAAAAAUACUCAUUUCAACUUAACAAACCAAAUGGAAACCAAACAAAAAAUCUCUCUAAUAUUAUUUCUCUUUGUGACAAUCACUCAAGCAGCUGAACUUUGCCACCCAAUUGACAAAAAUGCCCUACUCCAAAUCAAAGCCCAAUUAGGCCCGAAAACUGAUUUCUUCUCAUCAUGGCAGCCCGAUACCGAUUGUUGUAAAACUUGGAUCAAUGUAGGUUGUGAUAACGUAACCAACCGUUUAACAAUCCUAACCAUCGGACAAAACAAUGAACUUUCCGGCCAGAUUCCUCCGAUUGUCGGCCAACUCACCGCGCUCCGACAACUCGCUUUCAAUGAUAUGCCUGGUCUGAUCGGACCUAUUCCUUCAUCUCUUUCAAAUCUUGUCAAUCUUGAAGAGCUUACGUUAGCUCGAACGAAUUUAUCUGGUCAAAUCCCUGAUUUCUUGGGUAAACUCAAGAAAUUAACUGACCUUGAUUUAUCAGAAAAUCGAUUUACCGGUGCGAUUCCGGCUUCUCUUUCGUUGAUUACCGAUCUCAGACAACUCAACCUAUACAAAAACUUUCUUACCGGUUCGAUUCCAGAUAGUUUCAGUUCAUUUAAAAAUUUAGCUUUACAAGCUUACGACAAUCAACUUUCCGGUUCGAUCCCAAAAUCAUUGAAACGAGCUGGUUUUAGCUGGAUAGACAUUUCUAACAAUCGGUUCACCGGAGAUGCUUCCUUUUUGUUCGGAAAUAAGAACUUGAUUUUGAUCUACUUGAAGAAUAAUGAAUUUUCAUUUGACUUCUCCAAGGUUGUAUUCAACUCUGGUUUACGCGGCCUCGAUGUUAGCCAUAAUAACAUAUAUGGAUCUCUUCCGAAACAACUUUCUCAAUUACCUUUGGAGGUCUUUAAUGUGAGUUUCAACCAACUUUGCGGACAGAUUCCGACCGGAAAUUGGCUGAAUCGCUUCGCCGCCGAUUCUUUCGCAAAUAACAAGUGCCUUUGCGGCGGUCCAUUGCGCGCUUGCAAAUGAAAAGUUCGAUCAUUAAUUAUAGGGGAAAUUGUAAUAAAUUAAUAAAUUAUUACUGGAUGGGCAAAUACAAUUAUUAUAUGUUUUAAAAAAUCCACUUAUUCGAAAAAAUUGCUAAAAAUAAACUCAAUUAUUA